GGGCUGGGCCUUUUCCCCGCCCAGUUUCCCGGCACCCCCCCACGAGGCGUCGGCCUUUCCUGCAGAGCUCGGGGCCGUUGUCGCGGACUGUCCGCCCGGCCUCCUCAGUUUCAGUUUAUUUCCCACGAAGUCUGGCUGACGCCUUGGAGAUGUUCACAAGGAAACACGUGAAGCGACUUCUGCAGAGGGUACCUGGACAACAGCGCUUUGGUGUCUAUAGGUUUCUUCCUUUCUUCUUUGUUCUGGGAGGAGCGAUGGAGUGGUUUAUGAUCAAAGUCCGAGUUGGCCAGGAGACCUUCUAUGAUGUAUAUCGAAGGAAACAGUCAGAGAGACAGUACCAGAGAAGGCUGGAAGAAGAAUCUUGAGAAGCAUGAAUGAUGGAGCCUUAGUUUUCAACAAAAUAAGUAGCCCGAACUAACUUUAAAUCAAAUGUGAAUGUGAAAUGUUACCACUUGUGGGUCCUCCAUCAUGUUAGAAGCCCAUUCUUUGGAGCCCUCUUGUGGCCAGAUCACAGAUCCUUCACCUCCUGUACAAAACAUCUGUGUUGAAGAGUUUUCUAACUAGCUAUUUUCAUACUUUAGUGUUUCUAAAGCAGUAUAAGGAUUCUUCAGGAGGGUUUUCAGAGCAGACUGAAUUAAAUGAAUGUUUUAGUCAUUAACAAUAAUUUUAAAGUACUGCUUUUUGCUGAAAUCUUAAAUAAAUUAAAUCAUAAACAAA